UUGUGAGUGACACAUAUUUUACAAGUCUGUUCUUAAAUAUAUAUUGACAUACCUACUCUGCACAAGCAGCGCAGUGUCUACUGUUUUUGUUUUCGCAUUCGUCAGUGUCUGUACUUUCCUUGCGUUUCAAUUCCAGUGGCCGCUACACAUACGCAUUUGAGCUGUGAAAUAAUUUAGCGAUCAGUUCCGAUAAAGCCGUUGAUCUCUCGAUAACGGCGAAAAAUACGUGAUUACAUUUGAAAAAAAACAAACAAAACAAAACAAAAAAAUAUGGACACUUUGUCGUCUUUCAUCAAAGAAGAGCACCUUCUUCAUCAGCAACAGCAUUCCGACAUGUUGCCUCUUUUCGAUCCGUUAUUGUUUAACACAGGCCAUCACGAGUACGACGAGAAUCACGUGCACCACAUUCAACACGAGAACAGCCUCUCCCCGCCGAAUAAUCACCACAAUCAGUACCACCACCAUCACCAUCACCAGCAGAACAACCGCAAGAGGCGAUCGGAGAACUCGUUGGACUCGGAUUCGGGCGGAUCGGACCACAGCGGGGACAGCAGCGUCCAUCACGGUGGCCAUCAUCAGCAAGAGCGCGAUGGCGGCGCCACGAGCAGCAAGCAAAGACGGCUUCACCAGAGACACAGAUCGGUGGGCAAUCACGUCGAUCACGGGUCGAGUUCCGGCGGCAGCAACGCCUCCCCGACGCUGUUGAAUCACCUCCAACAUCAAGACGUCCAAUCGCAGCGCGUGUUGGCCAACGUGCGCGAACGACAGCGCACGCAGAGCCUGAACGAAGCGUUCUCGGCCCUGCGCAAAAUCAUCCCCACACUGCCGUCCGACAAACUGUCGAAAAUCCAAACAUUAAAAUUGGCCGCAAGAUACAUCGAUUUUUUAUAUCAGGUGUUGAGAACGGACGAUGAAGGAACGACCGAUACGAGUUCAGUUUUACCUUCAGGUGGGCACGGGUCGGCCACUGUUUCACCUGACACGUACAAUUCCGCUGCCACUACCUCACCCGAUCCGCAGAUGAUUGGCAAUUCGAAUCGCAAUCAGAGUGGCAACAGCGGUGGUAAUUCCGCCUUUUUGGCCAACGAGUGCCUCAGCUACGCCUUCAGCGUCUGGCGGAUGGAAGGAGCUUGGAACAGCAGCCAAGCCGACGUCUCAUCCUGAAAUUGAAUUGUUACAGGCAAUUUAAAGACCUGUCCAUUUCAAAAAAAAAAAAAUAUAUAUAUAAAUAUUCCAGGCUAUUACGUUUUUAAAAAAGAAAACCAGCCACGCCAAUUUUAGUUUUAAAUCAUCCAAUUGUACAUGUUCCAAGAUUU